AGGGAGCCUCAUAAAGCAGCUUCCGCACCUGCGUGGGGCAGAGGAGGGCUUGGCUGGGUCUCAGAGUCUACCUGUUCCAGAAACCACCUGAGGCCACAGAUCUUAAGGGGCAGUGGCCAGGACGCCAUGGCUCGGGCAUGCGGGCUGGGCCUGCUGUUGGCUCUAUUGCUGCCCGUGGUUGGCACCUCCAUACCGGGCACCGUGGUCAGACUCAACAAGGCCGUGCUGAGUUACGUGUCUGAAAUUGGGAAAGCCCCUCUGCAGCGGGCCCUGCAGGUCACUCUCCCACAUUUCUUGGACCAGAGUGGAGAGGUGCUUCAGCCAACCAGAGUUCAGAUUCUGAAUGUCCAGGUGACCCACCUCCACCUGAAUUUCAUUGACGGUUUUGGGGUACGCUUGUUGGCAGCAGCCAAUCUUACUUUCAAGGUCUUUCGCGUCCCAGAGCCGCUGGAGCUGAUCCUGCCCGUGGUACUGCUGGCCGAUGCCCGCGUGGACCAGGGCUCCAUCGGGACCCCCGUGGUCAGCAUUUCCUCUUGCCUCUCACUCUUCAGCAAUGCCAUUGUGUUGCAUGGCAACCACAGCGUGACUCCCGCACUGCUGGUCCGGGUACAGCAGCACAUCAAAGCUGUCCUGCGUAACAAGCUGUGCCUGGGCAUCUCCAACCUGGUGCAGGGCCUCAAUGUCCACCUGGGCACUUUAAUUGGCCUCAACCCUGUGGGUCCUGAGUCCCAGAUUCGCUAUUUCAUGAUCAAUCCUCCCAACGUCACUAAGGACUACAUUUCCUUGGAUAUCAACGCUGUUCUUUUCCUGCUGGGCAAGCCUAUUGUCCUGCCCGUGAAUGCCACCCCCUUCACGCUGCCAGAGCAUGUGGGCAUCAAGAGUACCAUGGCAACCGUGGGUCUCUCCCAGGACCUGUUUGACUCUGCCCUGCUGCUGCUGCAGAAGGCUGGUGCCCUCAACAUGGACAUCACAGGGCAGCUGAAGUCAGAUGACAACCCGCUGAACACUUCCAUGCUGGGCCAACUCAUCCCUGAGGUGGCGCGCCAGUUCCCCAGUCCCAUGCCCAUGGUGCUCAAGGUGAGGCUGGGUACCACGCCUGUGGUCACACUCCAUACCAACAACGCCACACUGUGGCUGCAGCCUUUCGUGGAAGUCCUGGCUGUGGCCUCCAACUCGGCUUUCCAGUCCCUUUUCUCCCUCAAUGUGGGAGUGAACCUCAGCCUCCAGCUCUCCAUGUCCAAAGCGAAGCUUCAGGGGACCACGUCUGUGCUAGGGGAAGUCCAGCUCACCGUGGCCUCCUCCAAUGUGGGCUUCAUUGAUACGGAUCAACUGCGUGCGCUUGUGGGCACCGUGUUCGAGAAGCCCCUGCUGGACCACCUCAAUGCUCUCCUGGACAUGGGGGUUGCCCUCCCCAACGUGGUCAACCUCCACUAUGUUACCCCUGAGGUCUUUGUCCUUGAGGGCUAUGUGGUGGUAUCCAGUGGACUCCUUUACCAGCGCUGAGGCGGGACCACUGGGAGAGCUAAGAGUGGGCCAGCUCCCUGCUCUGGAGACCCUCUUGCCUCAAGCCACUUGGGAAACUGAGGCAAAGCCACACUUAGUCAUCUGCAGCAAGCUGGAUGGCCCAGCUGGGCUGUUUAAUCUUCACUGCGUGCAUGGGUUCCCUCCUUCACUUCCUCCCAUCCUAUCCUUCCCCCGCUUCUCCCCGCCCUCUUCUCUCACCUCCCCCACCUCCUUCUUUCAUCUCCCUCAUUGUGGGGAGCACAUCACUCCUCCAGGCUGUACAGACCUGUUCUUUCUUGCAUUAAACACCUUCUCUGAGCUGUGACUUCCAGCCAGCCCCAGUGAACUCUCUGCAUACCUAAGGCCAGUUCCCUACCUGCUGUCCCUGGCUCCUGCCUGUCCCUGGAGCCACCAAAGCUGCCUGGGAGAAGAAGAAGAUGUGACCACAUCUCUGUUGACCUUAUCUGUUCACUCCAUCACCUCCAUGCCCAGGGGAGCUCAUAUUUUGAAAGAGAACCCUGGAGAACAACACGGAAGAGCUGGAAGUUAUGAAUGCCAUGGUGACAAUCUAGGCCCUUCUCCCUACCUGGUGGCACGUCUCAUGCCUUUUCCACUCUACAGUGUCACAUCCCAUCUUAUUCCUAGAACCUCAUAAGAGCUGUGUGAGUCAGACAGGCAGGGUGUGGAGUCCCAUUU